AUGCCUCAUUCCUCUGAACAUACAAUUGUCAGUGGAAUCGGAGGCAUAAUCAAGUCAACAAAGAAGGUGAAAUUGGUGAUAAGCUCGAACUGCAGCAAUUUCGCGAUUGAGCUGGAGGUUAUCAUUAUACCAAAGAUGUUGUCCGACCAGCCUACCCAAACCAUCAAUAUCAAAGACGUGGAUGUUACAGUUAAUAGCCGAUUAGCGGACCCGCAGUUUAACGUGAAAGGACCCAUUGAGCUGCUCUUAGGAGCACGAAUAUUCUAUCAGGUGAUAGGUCCUGAACAAAGAAGGAUCGGAAGGGGACCAACCUUCCAAAACUCGAAAUUCGGGUGGUUAGCGUGUGGAUUGGUUGCGCAUACAGGCUCGAAUGCCUGCAACAGUCCGAUAUUUCACGAAACCACACUAGGAUGGAUCGCUAGUGAUCCGUCUCAAAUAGAGCAAGCAGCCAUGCCAACAGCAACUGGAAAGAAUAUGGAUGAGGCGCCCUCUUAUCCAGAUGACGAUCUCGCCAAACUUAUUGAGAAGUUUUGGCGUCUUGAAGAGGCAGCGGACCUGGUGCACCAACCAAGGUCACUGAGCGAAAGUGAAGCGGAACAGCACUUCCAACGUACAUUAAAAAUGAACGCCGACGGCAGAUACAUCGUACGCAUUCCGCUACGGGGGGAGCUAUCCUCCCUAGGCGAAUCCUACACACAAGCGCGUAGGAGAUUCAUGUCUCUCGAACGGAGGCUAAACCAUAAUCAGGAAACAUACAUUGAAUACAAGAAAUUCAUGAAGGAUUACGAAAGCUUGGGGCACAUGGAGCCUAUCAGUAAUGAAGAUUUCCACUGCGCGAAAUACUUCAUACCUCACUCUUGCGUCAUAAAGCCUGACUCAACAUCUAGCAAGUUGAGGGUAGUAUUUGAUGCCAGCGCUAAGACCACAAGUGGCGUGUCCUUAAAUGACAUCCAGGUCGUAGGACCCACAAUCCAAAAGGAGCUGUUCGAUCAGCUGAUCGAAUUUCAAACUCACAAUAAACAUAUUCCAUCGAUGGCACCACCGACGUCAGCGAUUUGGGUGCCCUCGGCAACGGCGACGGCACGGAGCUCGGUCAGCAGUAUCAUCGAUUGGCAUCGAGGCCAGUUGUAG